AAUAUUUGCUUCUGUUUGUUAGUUACAUGCAGGUGAAAGUCAUUUUUGAAGGAGGAACAAGCAAAUGAGAGAAAAAACUGAGGAAAGUCCCAAGAAAGAAAAGAAGAGAAAGCAAACUAAUAUGUCUGCAUUUGCAGUGUAUCAGCAGAGACAAAAUAAAAGUGCAUCUGAUGAAGCACUUAGUGUGCAGCCAACUGGUGAUAAUGCCUCUUUUAGUGGCAUCAAAAGCAAACGAAUUCAUGAGAAACGACAAGGAAAUAAUGCUAUUGGACUCUUCGAAGAGCCAGAUUACAAGCUGGGCAAAUUGAGUGCAAAAGCAAUGGUGAGAAAACGAAAGAAGGCUAAAAGGAAGGAGCUCAAUAUCAUCAUUUCACAACAACCCAAGACCUUCAAGGAUGGAAUUGAUGAAAUUAGAAAAAGUUUAGCAGAAGCAGAUGUGAUUCCAUUCAAACUCAGUCAGGAGCAGUCCAAGAAAAAAUCAGUGAUUGGUUCCGCUCAGAGAAAGAAAGUCAUGAAGAAGGACAGCUUUUCGCAAAAAAUAAAAAGGAACAAGAUUUCAAUAUCUGAACAGGGUAUGUCUGGGGAAAAGUGCUUUGAGUGGCUUAUUCACCCCUUUGACAAGGAAAAGUUCAUGAGGGAAAUGUGGGAGAAGAAGCCUCUUCUGAUCCGAAGAAAUAAUCCUGAGUACUAUUCUGGAGUAUUUUCUGCAGCUGAACUUGACAGCAUCUUGAGAAAGGAGAAUGUGCAGUUCACCAAGAACCUUGAUGUUACCACCUAUACACCAGAAGGUGGAAGGGAUACACUGAACCCUGUUGGCCGAGCUCAUGGUGCUGUGGUUUGGGAUUUCUUUCUCAAUGGAUGUAGCAUUCGGCUUCUCAAUCCCCAAACAUUCAGUCAUGGGGUCUGGAAACUCCUCACAACCCUCCAGGAAUACUUUCAUUCAUGUGUUGGAGCAAAUGUGUAUUUGACUCCAGGAGGAUUUCAAGGUUUUGCACCUCAUUGGGAUGACAUUGAGGCAUUUGUCUUGCAGCUUGAAGGUCAAAAGUCCUGGAAAGUGUAUGCUCCAAGGAAUGAAAACGAAAAGCUUCCUCUACAUUCAAGUAAGAACUUCAAGCAGGAUGAGAUAGGGGAACCCAUCUUGGAGGCAGUGCUUCAACCAGGAGAUUUAUUGUAUUUCCCAAGAGGUUUCAUCCAUCAGGCUUCAACUCCAGAAAAGGCUAAGCAUUCCCUCCACAUCACAGUGUCCUGUGCACAGCGAAACACUUGGGGUGACCUGCUGAAGAAGAUGCUAGAAGGUGCUGUUGAGAUGGCAAUGGAGGAAGAUGCUUCAUUGCGAGAAUCUUUGCCUGUGAAUUACUUCACCAGUGCAGGCAUUGUCUGGAGCGAGACUGAUACCCCUUCUCGAAAGGCAUUCUUGGAUCGUGUGGCAUCAGCAAUGCGUACUGUCAUGCAACAUGCACCUGUUGAUUCUGCUGUGGACCAGGUUGCCAAGGGGUUUGUCCAUGACUCUUUGCCACCUGUCCUCUCAGAAGAUGACCUUGCUUGCAGUGUUUAUGGAACUGGAGAGAAGUGGUCUGCUGCUAAACAGAAAGUUGUUAGGCGAGUAGAAUUGGAUCCAGAUACAAAUAUACGUCUUCUUCGUGUAUCUGCCAUCCGGUUGGUGAUGGAGGAAGGAGCAGUGCGGCUGUAUCACAGUGUGGAUAAUCCUCGUAUCUACCAUGGAGAUGACAUUCAGUUUUUCGAGAUGUCUCCUGAAGAAGCUCCAGCCUUAGAAUCCCUCAUCCAUUCAUUCCCUGAGUUUGUCAAGGUUGAAGACCUCCCCCUGCCAACCAUUUCUGAGAAGGUCGGUUUUGAUGCAGUUCGCAUGUGCACUGUGGGAGAAGGGACUGAUACGCAGUGAUCAACCUCCCUCAAGAUUACAGUGAUUUGACCAAAUCAAUAAAAUGGCUCCGUUUGUUUUCCUCUAGA